CGGCGGUCUGCCCGUGCAUAAAAUACGUAACCAUGGGCCAUCAAGUCAAUUCUGACUUAGGGUGACCCUUUCGUAAAAAGAUCUAAACCAUGGUGCCCUCCAGCCAGCCAAACCUAUGGCUGCUAUUAUUAUUCAUUCUUCGCUGCACCGAUUCCAUACCUAUCCUGCAGAGAAACCAAGCCAGCAUGGAUGGAUGGCUCUCCACAAAUAUCGAUCUGCGAGGUCAGAUCAGGGGGAGACCUUCGAACCCAGGUCUCCAGGGUCAUCGUUUGACACAUGGAAUGGGUUUUUCUCCACUUUGCAGCCCUUCACAAACAAGACGGUAUCGAGGAUGCGGUGACCCGUCUCCCUCCUCCAUCACCAUGCAUGCGUGGUAUCUGUUUCCUGGCCGGGGUGAUUUUUCCACUCCGUGCUUCGGUGGGAGGACCUGCUGACCCUCUCUGGUCCUUUUCCGAUACGUGGAAGAGGAAGGAGGUUAAGAAGGCACACUCUGAAACUAUGCCUGCCCUGCAGGGCGGCAUCCGUCCAAUACCCUUUGAUAUGGCAUAGCCCCAUGCUACGAAAUCCUGGAACCCAUCGUUUUCGGAGGUCCUUCACAGGCUCUGAUGGAGCUCAAGAAAGGCACUCAAACUUUCUCAAACUUCUUUCUCAAAUGACGGCUAGAAACUAUGAUUCCAUAGACCGGGAGAAGAACAUCGCCGUUCAAAAGGCAUCGAAGUCCUUGCCACCUGCACCCUGUCGAUUCGAUCCGGAGAGAGCGAGAGAGCUUCGCUUUAUCUCUCUGGUCAUUUUCUUGUAAUUAGAAAGCUCGUUCCAAGAACAGGUUAAUGCUGACUUCUUCUUUUUUUUCCUUUUGUGAACUGCAGAAACCACAUAGGAAGAGGCACAAAUGUCCCGCUACGGGCUUAGGCCAAGGGUUGACUCAAAAGAAACCUGCAAAAGGGGGAAACGAAAAGAAAAGAGGAUGUUGGAUGCGGUGGGUUUGGGCAUAAAGAUCAGCCUUAGGGCAUUUGUGGAUAUUAUGCACCCUUUCUGAUUGGGGAAGAAAGAUCUGCGCCUCCUGUGAGCCUCUGUAUUUUUCAUCCGUGCCAUGAGAUGGACGGCUCUUCUCCAACCUCUGGACACCACCGUCUUCAUCUUCUGAUGAAUGCCACCAAUGGGACACCGUGCCACCCCCGGGAACUACACCCGGCCAUCCCAGCGCUCUUGAGCGUCCUCUCCGUGGGCGGGCUGGUCUUCAACAGCGUCAGCCUCUGGAUCUUCUGGUUCACCCUCAAGCGCUGGAACUCCAGCAUCCUCCUCCAGUUCAACCUGGCUCUGACCGACGCCAUCAUCCUGCCCGUCACCCCGUUGACAGUGACCUACUUCAGCUUGGGCAACCACUGGCCCUUCGGGGAGUUCUUCUGCCAGCUCCAACUCUUCCUCCUCAGCACGCACCUCUACGGCAGCAUCUACUUCCUGACGCUCAUCAGCAUCCACCGGUAUAAAGCCAUCGUCCACUACAACGCCAAGAACGUCUGGAGGACGAAGUCCUUCAUCAAGAAGCUCAUUUGGGUCUUCUGGUUCCUCCUCUUCCUCCAAGCGUUCCCGGUCUUCUUCUUCAUGAAGACGUCCGUCAUAGGCAACACGGUCAAAUGCCUGAGCGUCUUUCAGUCCGAGCUGUCCGCCCUCUACCUGACCUACAGCAUCCUCCUGGGGACCCUCUGCUUCCUCCUUCCCUUCGGCGUCUCGUUGGCCUCCUACGUGAGGCUGGGGAACUUUGUGGCCAACAUCAGCCAAGCCAACCUCCGAGGGAGAGUCAUGAAGGCCAAGACCCGCCAGAUGAUCGCCGUCGCCUUGGUCAUCUUCGCCCUCUGCUUCACGCCCCUCCAUGUUUGUGGGACGGUGGCCGCCGUUGUGGGAUAUUACGACGUGUCCUGCGAGUUUCUCCACAACGUGGAAGUUGCCUAUUAUGUCUCCGUGGUCUUCAGCAUGGUCAACUGUUGCCUUGACCCGUUCCUCUACAACGCGGCCAACGAAAGAUUUCACAAGUUCUUCCUCAAAUCUUUAGCGAGGUUGCUGUUCUCAAAAUGAGAAGCCAUCUCUGAUCUAGGUAGGAUGCAGAAGGAAGGCCAUGAUGGAAGGAUCGCUAGCCAAGGACGGCAUCUCGUCCAGCAAAGUAAAAGGCGAACAUUUGGUGGGAGACGCCCGACUGUCUAACAACAGGGCCGGAGUCUCUCCCGAAGCAAGGAACGGCAUGAUCCGAAAAGGCUGUCUCCAGGGAUUUUCUCUUGGUUGCUGACUUGUCCUCACGGCCGUGUCUCGCUAAUAUUUAACCUACAUCUUCUCUCCGCAGAACGCAACCGGGAUAAUUAUCCUUCUUCGUCUGUGUAGUAAUUAUCCUCCCUCGUCUGUGCCUGGAUUCUCCGGCUGCGUUGCAGCGCCGGCUGCUCAUAAACUUGUUCGCCGAAAGAGUUCCCGGCUUGCGACAUCGACUCCCGAGGCCUUUGAAGGAGGUUCUUCGUCCUUUUUCGGUGCUGCGUUCAAAAAUCAGAAAUCAGAUUCCCACCAGGAAGAAACACAUCUGUGCGUUUGUCUGCAGGUCUCUGUGCAGUACUUUUGGGGUGGGUGGGUGUUCUCCUAAAAUUAAGGAACAGCAUGUCAAAAAGGAGAAUCUUCUUUACUCCCAAAGACAAGAGAAUCUUUCCAGAGAAAAAGGUUGGGAUCCGAGAUUUGAAGGGGAACCUCAGAGGUCAUCCAAUCCAACCCGCUGCUAACUAAAAAAAAAAAUCUGGUUAGAUCUUGGCUUUCGGCUAAUGCAUUCAAGGGAACAUCAUAGUUCUCCUAUAUUCUGUUCUCACAAAACUACAUGACAGGUGAGAUUUUGUGUUUGGCUGGAACGAGGAACCAGAGUGUGUUACAAGUCAGAUGUUAUUGGACUACAAACCCCAUCAUCCCCUACUGAGCAUUGCUAAUGGUGCAGGCUAAUGGAAGUUGCAGUCCAAUUGCAUCUUCCUGAACCUGAGUUUAGUUCCUGCUCUUGUUAAAUCCACUAUGUUUUAAUUAAUUGAAAUAUUAAAAAAAACAACAUAUGAACAAGAUGAACAUUUUUAACUGAAUCUGCUUAAUGAUUGUCAGGUUGCCAACUUUCUCACUCAGCCUCUGCUCCUGCGUCUUUGGUGGCAGCCCAGCAGGCAGACAUUUAACAGGCGAAGCCUUUCCCUCCCCCUGGCUGUCGAUCUCUAUUCCGGGGAGAGAUUUCUUGGCCGAUCUGCUGACUUGCCGCCUUCGAACUGCAGAGGCCCCGAGCAGCCGGGAAAAGUUGGCAACCUCCUUCCGGCUGCCAACUCUUGCAGGACGCUGAAAGGUGGGUAAAACCCUUCGUUGUUCUCCAGGAGAUUUGCUGUCGAAAUAUCCGGUCCGGCCUUUGUUUAGGCAGGAGGAGGCUGGUACAAAAUCGAAGCCAACAUCCCUGAGAAUCUGGAGCGGCAAAUUGGACAAGCAGGAUCGCGUUUGCGAAAGCGCCAGCCGCAAAGUUGGAACUAGGUCACCCUUUACCGCACCGCUCUGCCCCUACGCUUUUCCCCAGGGAAAGGCAGUUCCAGCAAAACAGCAUCCAGAACGCUUGUUUUUAUCGUCCCCCAUGAGUUUCUGGCUCCUGAGAGCGAUUUCGCAGUGAAGUUUUCCACUUGGACCAAAUUCUUUGAAGGGGAAGAAUUACAGCCUUCAAAAAUCUUCUAUUAUCUGCGGUAACUGGGGGAGAUUCUUGAGAUCUGCCCUCCCCAGAUUACCACCUUCACAGGCGCCCUCGGUGGGGACACAGGAGAGGGCCUUUCUCGGUGGCCCCUCUCAGGCUGUGGAACUCCCUGCCACUGGACGCCAGACUGGGCCCAUCCUGGCUCUCCUUCUGCCAGCAGGCCAAGACCUUUCUCUUCAGGCAGGCUUUGACUAGCAGUCUGAGAGGGUUUGUUUUAAAUGGACUGUGGCUCUCUGUUAAAACUGUCGUUUUAAAUGUCUUUCAGUAUUGGCUUUACGUACACUUGUUUAAUUCUUCAGGUAUUUGCCUAUUCAGCUUUUAAAUAUUGUCGUUUUAAUAGUGGAAGCCGCAUGGGGUCCUUUUUCCACAGAAA